CAGCCAUGGCGCAAAGCUAUGGCACCUUCUCGCACACGUCGCCCAACGGCGUGUGGAAGCUCACGACGCGCAAGCAGCCCAUCCUCAAGGCCGAGCCGAUCGAAGAGCUGCACCAGGAUAUUGGCAUCCCCAUUCCUGAAAUGAUCUUCGGAGACAACUACGUCGCCCUCACUCAUGUGCCUUCAGGAUGGAACUUGCACUUCAACGCACGCGAUGCCAUGGACCGUGUGAGCAAGACAGAAGAGGGCAUGUUGCAGGUAGCGGUCGCCGAAGAAUGGAAGAAAGAGCGCAGCCAUCAGGAGGAGGUGAAGCAGGUCGUAAAGCCUUUCGAUUGGAGCUACAGCACAGACUACAGAGGAACUACAAGUGACAAAGACGGCUCGCUGGUCGAAGAGAGCCAGUGGAGGCAGAGCAACCAGACUGCGGAUCCCAUUCGCAUUGACUUGCUCAGCCGCCAGGAUCCCAUUCAGUUCUUUGACGCUGUUGAUCUCUAUGAAGACGAGCUGGCGGACAACGGAAUUGCGUUGUUCAACAUCAAGGUGCGGAUGAUGCCUCAGCGCUUACUGGUUCUCAGCAGGUACUUCCUGCGGCUGGACGGCGUCAUCAUCAGAAUCCGUGAUACGCGAGUAUAUGUGGAGCACAGCACGAACAAGGUCGUACGGCAGUACACCAACAAGGAAGAGAAAUACGAUGUUGUCGCUGAACAGCUAAAGGCUAGACGAGAAAAUGUGCCCGAGGCUUUUCGAGAUGUGAACAAGCUGGCUCAGCUUCUACCCACAAUUGAAGAGAAAACCGAUGUCUUCGAAGUGACUUGAAUCUGGCCAUCCUGAACCUGCUCGGUGGGCCACUCUCUUCAACAAGUCACAGGCAGACUGCACUUCGAGAGUCUGGAGCGAUCCAAGUGAUGCCAGCCUACUGUUGCGGCUCCCUCCCAGUCAACCUAAACAAGAUAAUCGACGGAUGGUUCUCCCGCAUGGCUUCCAAAUUGCGCUGCCGCACCAAUGAAAUCUGCUCCGACUCAAUCUGACAGCGUCUUGCCAUCGAUGAAGACACCAUCACUUCCUAGAUAGAACUUUCUCGCAAGAGCGCGCAACUCCUUUGCAGAGAAAGCUAGAUUCAGCUGGAGCUUGUGAAUUUCGAACAACAGUCUUCCAUGCCCACAGUGAUCUGGGUCCUCCUGGUCUAGUCUCUCCACCAGCUCGAGGAAGCGGGAUCUUGAUCGCUCUGCACUCGGCCGC